AUGGUCGUAACGAUGAGUGCCGAAGUUCCGUCGUUGAAUUUCCUCGGCAGCAAAAGGGACAAGGUAUUUUUGGAGUGCGCUGGCCACGUUUACUCGGUCCCGGUGGACGAUGUGAAAAAUUUACCGCUGUUGGAUUCCUUUUCGAAGUCUUACUAUGCUCUGGAGGGCGAUUUCGCGCUGUAUGAGUCGCACAGGAGCAAAUCUUUGGCGGGCCCCGAAGCGAUGUCGGACCUAAAACGUGUCGCUUCCGAAUCGAGUUGCAGUGACGUUAGCAGCGCAUCGGACGCUGAGAAUCCACCGCUGGUGCGGUGCAGUGCAUCGAGGGGGUUGGCCGAGGCGAAGGAAGAGGCAACACGUUUGAUAGAUCUGUUGAUUCUUAAAAUCGAACAAAAUUGGUUGCGCGAGAAAUCGAAGGACGACAUGCUGGACACGGAAAACCCCACAGUCGACGAGGUGGUAGUGGAGAAGAAAGAUUCGGCAGUGCCAAGUUCUUUUCAUCCGGACGGUGACUAUAAAAUCGAAAGCUAUAGGGUUCAAAAUCUGGAGGUAUUGAAAUCGAAAUCGUUCAGAAAAAGUAAAAGCCAGACGCGGAUGGGAUUGCUGGAAAAUAUGCGUACCCUGGUCGAGAGGUUGAAAGAUCUGGAAAAAUUGGAAUAG